UAGUCAAUCUCUUUCUUUCUUUCCUUUUGGCGUUUGCCUAUAAGUAGCCAUAUUAAUUUUGUUGGUGCAAUUGGCAUUUAUAAAACCUUUUCUUUUCUGAGAAGACCUUGAAACGAGCUAAGCCAGCCAGCGACCCAUAGGUUCCUCACCAGCUUGCAGAUUUUUAAGCAACAAAUUCUAUCAUGGGAGGCCUCUCCAUCGGCCUCUUACCGAAUUUCAGUGUUGGUUUGAGAAGAACCUUCAAAAGCUGUUACUUAUAUAAGAAGCAUUCCACCGUUUUCUUCAUCCAUAACGUCACUCCUCUCUUCUCUUCCUAUUCUUGUAAUGCUACUUUGUCGGUAAUGGCGGAAGAAGAGAAGAAGGCUUUUGAUGAAAAUGAAGCAGCACUGCUGGUUAAAGAGCUUAGAGAAAACUUUAACUGUAACAAGACAAAGAGUUACAGAUGGAGAGUGUCACAAUUGGAAAGUAUUAAAAAGAUGAUUGAGGAAAAGGAAAAGGACAUCUCUGAAGCUCUUUACAAAGACCUCGCAAAGCCUGAACUCGAAGCCCUUACUACUGAGAUUUUCAAUGCAAAAUCCUCAUGUGAAUUGGCCCUUAAAGAAUUGAAGCAUUGGAUGAAUCCAGAAAAGGCAAAAACCUCAGUUGCAACUUAUCCUUCUUCAGCAGAAAUUGUGCCAGAGCCCCUGGGUGUUGUGCUGGUCAUCUCAACAUGGAACUUUCCUUUCCUGUUGUCGGUUGAUCCAGUGAUUGGAGCUAUUGCAGCUGGGAAUGCUGUGGUCCUAAAACCAUCAGAAAUUUCUCCAGCUACAUCUUCAUUACUUUCAAAACUAUUUGAGGAAUAUCUUGACAGCUCUAUCAUAAGAGUAAUUCAGGGGGCUGUUCCUGAAACAUCUGCAUUACUGGAGCAGAGAUGGGACAAAAUACUCUACACAGGUAGUUCAAGAGUAGGACGGAUAGUGAUGACUGCAGCAGCAAAGCAUCUUACACCUGUCGUACUAGAGCUUGGAGGAAAGUGUCCAGCUAUUGUUGAUUCAGAUGUCAAUUUACAAGUUGCUAUGAGGAGAAUUAUAGCUGGAAAAUGGCAAUGCAACAAUGGGCAAGCUUGCAUCGGUGUUGAUUAUGUUAUAACUACUAAAGAUUUUGCUCCAAAGUUGAUAAAUGCUCUGAGUAAAGAGAUCGAGGAUUGCUUUGGGAAGAAUCCAAUGGAAUCAAGAGAUAUAUCUCGUAUUGUGAGCUUGAAUCAUUUCACUCGUCUGGUAAAGUUAUUGGAAGAGGAGAAUGUCUCGAACAAAAUAGUCCACGGAGGCCAAAGGGAUCAGACCAAAUUAAUGAUAGCACCAACCCUACUAUUGGACGUUCCUGAAGACUCUCAGAUAAUGCAGGAAGAGAUCUUUGGGCCAUUGCUUCCUAUUAUCACUGUUGACAAUUUGAAAGACAGUUUUGAGGUGAUAAAAUCAAAACCCAAACCUCUUGCGGCAUAUCUCUUCACUAAUGAUGAGAAGCUUAUGAAACACUUUGUGCGAGACAUUUCAGCUGGAGGAAUGAUCAUCAAUGACACAAUCCUACAUGUUACAGUAGAUAGUUUACCCUUUGGAGGAGUUGGUGAGAGUGGAAUGGGAUCGUACCAUGGGAAAUUUUCUUUUGAUGCUUUUAGCCACAAGAAGGCGGUUCUUUAUAGGAGUUUCAGCGGAGAUGCAUCCAUAAGGUACCCACCAUACACGCCACAAAAACAAAAAUUAAUGAAGGCUCUGAUGAAAGAUGGCAUAUUCGGGAUGAUUCUUGCUUGGUUAGGAUGGAAUAAAGAUUGAGGGACCUUUAGGAAAAGUAGACCCAAUAAAAUAUAACUUAGACUAAGUUGCCAACUACAUUUAGUUAUGUAUUUAAAGUUGUUAUUCUUCUAACUUCUCUAUUGGAUAAUAUUUAAAAACGGAAUGCAUCACACACUUAACUUGAUCCAUUUUAGAAAAAACUUAUGAUAUUGAUAACUAGUUAAUAAAAUACUACUAACUGAGAUAUUUUUUGUU